AAAAAAAUGAGUACACAAAUUCUCACAAAACAAGUAAACCUUGAGAAUAAACUUGAGCCGCAUAUUUUAAUAAAAGAUAAAAUUUCACAAAUUUGUCGUAAUACGACUGUUCAUGCAAUUUCAAUUGAUUACGAUAACCUUCCCUCAAAUGAACAGUCAGUACUUAAAAGUACAGCUACUUUUCAUGGAUUGGCUGCAGCAAUUUUUCAUGCUUAUAACAAACAUCAACAUUUACGCUUGACACCUGAUGAUAUUUGGUUAACUAUCGCGCAAGGAGUUAGUCAACACAUUAAUCAUAAUGCAGAAAAGUUUCGUUAUCGUUUUGUUAAUCAUGAAGGAAAUUGGCUUGAAGCGAUAAAUAGGUUAGUUGUAGCAACUGAUGAAGCUGUAGAGAAAAUCGAUAUAAAAUCUCUUUUAGAAUGUAAUUUUUCUACAACAACAAAUAAUUCUCUCACUGCUAGUCGUAUCGUCCUUUUAGAUGCCGUUAAAGCUUAUUUUAGUUUUAAAAUGUAUUUUGAUUGUGGAAUCCCUAAAAUUACUCUUGAAG